AUGGGAAACGUCGCAUAAAUGACGUAAGGCAAAUUUCCUGCUGUUAUCUUCUCGCGAAGAUAGUAUAUUGAAAAGCUGUCAUCGGCGACAUGUUCAGGAAUUGACAACGCAAAAGAUAGGAUGAAAAAAUCUCAGGCCCAGAGAUUAAUUCCAGGUAGAAAGUAGUAGAGAGAGAAAGUAGAGAAUAGAGAGCAUCAUAGAUCGUAGAGAGCAAAGAAUCGACGAGGAGAGACAGAUCCAAGAAAUCGGGAUCGCGUUUCAGCGAUUCAAGCGAGUUUGCCAGGAAGAGAUCUCGAUGAUAUUCCGCGAGGAUGACGUAACCUGACAAAAAAAGACGCGAACAGUCUUCGCACUGGGCGAGUCAUCCGAACUUGAGCGAUCUGUCUUUAGGUUAUGUCGUCAUCGCGUAGCCAUCAAGCCACCUACUUUUAUCGUCGAGGGGACUUUUAGAAUCUUAAAUUUCAAAUUGGUCGACUGACAUUUGUCUUAACUUAUCAAAAUAUGUCAUGACUUUUGGAUUAUUCUACAUCUAUUUGGCAAUUUUAUUAACAAAGAGAAGAUAGUGUUGCAGUGCGAAAACCAUAAAAUUUGAUUGAAAGAAAGCAAAAGAACAAAACAAACAGCAAAAUGGUUUUUGAAUCAAUCAUUGCGGAACUCCUCAACAAGGUGAUUGGCGAGUACAUUGAGAACUUGGACUAUACACAGCUUAAAAUCAGCCUCUGGGGAGGAGAUCUUGUAUUAAAUGAUUUGUUAAUAAAAGAAUCUGCGUUAGAUGUGCUAGAUCUUCCAGUAAGAUUGGAAUAUGGUCGUUUAGGAAAAUUGAUACUAAAGAUUCCAUUUAAAGAUAUGUGGAAUGGUCAGAUUGAUGCUAUAGUCGAGGAGUUGUUUAUACUGGUAGUGCCUACGAGUCAGAUUAGUUACAAUGAAGAGAAAGAAACCAAAGCACAAUUGGAAGCCAAACGAGCGGAACUCGAGAGAGUGGAGAAGAGGAAACAGUUAGCAGACAUAAAAUCACAAGAGAAAUUGGAUGAUUCGAUGGUCGAGAAACUGAUCGCGCGUAUGAUAAAAAAUAUUCAUGUGGAGAUCAAGAGAAUCCACGUGCGGUACGAGGACCACGUUACCUUUAAGGAGCACCCGUUUUCCGUCGGUUUCACCUUGAAUACCUUUAUCUUGGAGAGUUGUACAGACUCGUGGGAGACGACAGGCAAUUUGAAGGACAUGUAUGCCAUUCCGCAAAUCUUCAAGCUGUGCAGCCUGGACGGGCUGGCAGUUUAUCUCAACACGAGCGUGGAGCAGUACAGCAAGAGCCCACAAUCCUCAUAUUCCAAUCUAUUUUGUCAAGGUAUCGCGACCAUGGACUAUAUCCCGAUGGGUUACCAAUAUCUCCUAGGGCCGAUCAAUGUCAAGUCCAAGCUCAGACUUAAUCCCAAGCCUGAGUCCGAUGAUAGCAAUUAUACCAUUCCUAAGGUAUGGCUAGAUCUGGAAAUGCAGAAAUUGCGAAUUGGCUUGACAAAGCGGCAGUAUCAGACCUUGGUACGGAUGGGCGAAGGCCUGGAUCAAGCGCGAAAGGCCGCUCCAUACCGCAAGUAUCGGCCGAAUCUGACGUCGUAUCGCGGUCAUUACAAGGAGUGGUGGCAUUUUGCGUACACUUGCGUUCUUGAGGAGACCGUGCGACGAUAUCGUCGCAACUGGGACUGGACGCAUAUGAAACGACACCGUGAUAUUUGUCGCGAUUACGCCCAAGCUUAUCAGACGAAGCUAACGACGAAGAAGCCAACGAAGGAGAUUGCAGAACGAUUAACGCACUGUGAGAUGAAAUUGGACAUCUUUAAUCUGGUAAUCAUCCGGCAACAGAUCGAGAUGGAGGUAGAAAAAUUGGCGGAGCGUGAGAAGAGUCUAAAGGCAAAGCAAGGCUGGUUUGGUUUUCUAUGGAGCAGUUCACAGGCCGAGGAAAUGAAAGAACUCAACUCAGCCGCAGCCAUUAUGCGCAGAUUCGAGGAGGCAAUGACUCCGCAAGAGAAGGAGAAGCUUUACCGGGCGAUCGACUAUCAGGAAAACAGUGCGCCCGCACACUAUCCGGAAACAUAUGAGAUGAUCGAUACACGUUUCUUUUUGCACGGUCUACAGAUCUCUCUAUUGGACACAGACAAGGAACAUUCGUGCGUCUUGGAUCUGCAGCUGCACGGCGUGCGAGCGAGUUUCAAGUCACGGCCAUCCGCGAACGCGUUUUUAAUCAUUGCUUCCAUCAGCGACAUGAAGCUGCUGGGUGUGAUGCAAGAUGGCCAUGUGCCCUCGCUUUUCAAUUCGGAACAUGGCAGCUCUGACAGCGACUUAGUGUCGGUUUCUUACGAGAAAAAUCCAAUCGACAAGCUAUGUGGCGAUCGCGUCAUCGUCAAGUCCCGAUCCGUGGACAUCAUCUAUGACGCGCAAACCAUCAUAGAACUAGUCAACAUGUUUAAGGUGCAAGAUUCUUCAACGUUAAACCAGCUGCAAACAGCAGCAGCAGAGCAGUUGGAGGGCUUGAAGGAGAUGUCGGCGCUUGGACUAGAGUAUGCCAUACAGAAACAUUCGAUUUUGGAUAUACAAGUAGACAUGCAGGCCUCGCAACUUAUUAUACCGCAUGGCGGCUUAUACGAAGACUCAAAGGCCUUGAUCGUCGUGAAUCUGGGCAGUCUAAAGAUGCAUUCCUUGGAGAAGGGUAAAAGCGACAUGGUUGGCGCAAGCGUUAAACAGUUGGUUAGCAUGGGCAAAAGCGAGGAAGAAGUGCUGCUAUAUUUAAGGGAACAUAGCUAUGACAAAUUCGUUUUGAAGAUAGUUAACUUUCAGGUGCUAGUCUCAUUACCGAACGAAGAAUGGCGAUCAGCUCUUGUAAACCCCGAAAGUUCCCUGACGUUGCUUCAGCCAACCACAUUAGAAAUUCAGUUUCACAAGGGUCUGGUGACGGAUGAUCCUCUAUUGCCGAAACUCCGGCUUCUCGGUCGUCUACCGUCAGUUACCGUGAACAUAACAGACGUUCGGUUGCUGCAGGCGAUUUCUAUCGCGCAGAGCAUUCCACUGCCCGAAGAGGAAAAAACCGCGGAGCUGCAUCGAACAUCUCUCUCCAAAUCCAUCUCGCAGCUGUCAUUGAAGGAACUUGGCACCACGAUAUCCAGUAUCGCCGAUAAGAGAAAGCAGCAGCAGCAAGAAGCUACGUCCGCACCAAUGAAGCAGACCACUGAUUUGGAGAUGAGAUUCGAAAUGAAAGAGUUCACGCUGUCGGUGUCUAGGCAACGAGACGACAGCGUGGAGUCGUCAGAAUUUGUCAGAUUCCAGGUGCUGCAGUUGGAGGCGGAAAUGUUGCAGCGCACGUAUGAUCAAGAGGUGCAGCUGCGGCUGGGUGGCGUGCAGAUGCGACAGCUACAUGAGAAUCAGGAGAUUUACAUUGUCAACACGCCGAUGUCGGCCGGCAGAGACGAGUAUCUAAUUGUAGUGCGAUAUAUAAAUGUGAAUAAACGCUCGCCGGAAUUCAUCACGCGACAUGGUUCUGUCGUCAAGCUACUAUUACUGGAAUUCACCUCGCUAGACACGCUGUUGCAUCAGGAGGCACUCAUUGAAUUGCUACGAUUUAGCACGUACAUACAAGAUCGAAUGAACUCGCUCGAAGGCGUUCAGAAAAAAGAAGUCGAACAUCUUAGACCAACUCACCUGGCUUCUAUUCAAGAAGAGACUUCCGGUUUUCUCAGGGAGCAGCUGCAAAGGCAAAAAUUGAAAUCUACUGGACGACGUAGAAGACAAACGGUUGAGUGCAUCGAUUUAAAGAUAAGUGCCAAAAUCGGUUCGAUCAAUUUAAAAAUCUCCAGCGCUAUUCGUGACAUUAGUGCGCUUUACAUCGAGGGCAUUAGCGCCAGUUUCCUCAGCAAAUCUUCAUACUCACAAGUGAACGCUGAUCUGGCUUCCAUCAGCAUUAAAGAUCUUAAUCCUGUUUCUGUGUAUAAGGACAUUGUGGCCGUAGAAGGUACCGAAUCUUUGAAGAUUCAAGCGGUGAUGUAUAAUAUCGAGCCAUGGGAAGUGAACAAGAACAACAUGUCCGUCAAGGUGAUGAUGGGUUGCCAUCGUAUUGUUUUCUUGAACGCAUUUGUCACCAGCGUGAUGAAUUUUCUGAACAACUUUCAAACAGCGCAGAAAGCUAUCAAAGACGCGUCAGCUGCAGCGGCGGAAGCUGCGAGGACAAACAUCAAAGAUGUUCAAGAAAGUGCCUCUCGCAUCCAGCUGUGUGUCAGGAUCAAGGCUCCCGUCGUAUAUGUGCCGAUGAAUUCCAAAAGCGAGCACAGUUUAAUGCUGGAUAUGGGCAAUCUUACGAUGUGCAACGUUUUCAAGAAAUUGGAGACGACGAAUGAAGAGACCGGCGAAUGCCCCAUAGUGGACGAAAUGAAGAUCGAACUGCAGAAUUUGAAGUUGUCGCGAGUUCGAUUGAAUACGGAGAAAUUUAUCAGCGAGAAUGAAAUACUUCUGCUAGAGCCAGUGACGUUUACGCUGCUAAUAAAGCGCAAUCUAUCAACUGCUUGGUUCACUGCUAUUCCGGACAUUGAUAUGUCCGGCAGAUUGAACAAAAUCAAUCUGCUGUUGAGCAAAGAGGAUUAUGCUACUAUUCUGAAGGUACUGGAGCAAAAUUUAGGCGAGAGCUUUGAAGAUCCGAAGUCUGUGCAAGCUGCACUAUCUGCUGUGAAAUCCGAAUGCAAUGGAGAGCUGCAGAUUCAGCCGGCAUACAAAUACGAGGUCGAUACGUCGCAAGAACCGCCAUCGGCGGAUACACAGGAACGACACGCCCACACGUUCGUGAAAUUCGAAUUCAUUAUGGACAGCCUGGUGAUCAAUUUGUUUACCGGUGGCUCCAAGCUGCUGCAAUCGCAAACGUCGCCGCUGCAUCUGCCCGAGAACGGACUAGCAUGCUUCAGUCUCACGCAUUUUGCUGUGAAAGGUCGCGUGUUCGCGGAUGGACUGCUGGCCACGUCAAUCUUGCUAAUGAAUUGUACACUGGACGACAUGCGGCGGAGACGGGAAGGCUCUCUGACGCGGAUCAUGGAGAGGACUAGCAGUGUGCCGAGCGGUGAGGAUCAUCUUGACAAGGAGCACGCCAAGUACAAUAUCAGGAGCAUGUUGGAUGUAACAGUGCGCCAAAGUCCGAACGACACGUUUGCCGACGUGCGGGUAUUUUCCUUCAGCAUAAUUGUGUCCCUCGACUAUCUCAUGAAGAUUAAGGACUUUUUCGACGUGGACACCGCGGGCAAGACUGCUGCCACUUCUCUGCAGUCUUCAUCGAGAGGCGAAUCGGUAGUACCGCCAAAGAAAAAACAUCCGAUGCAACAGCAGUCAGUCGCUUCGACAUCCAAAAUGUUAACUGUGAAUUUACACGUGGAAAAGCCGGAUAUUAUCCUGCUCGAGGAUAUGGACGACAUCAACUCGAACUGCAUAAUAUUGAACACGGAGUUGUUGUUGAAAAUGCGCAUUAUGGGAGAACAUCAAGUGAUCACGGGCUCCAUUAAGGAUUUCUCUCUUCUAACGGGGAUAUAUAAUCCUACGAAAAGAGCCGAUUGGAUUUAUCAGGUCCUGAAACCGUGCAGUAUCAGCGUUGCUGGUUCCACGCCGGAGGGCAAAGGGCUUCAUUUGGAAAUUUGUUGUACAGACAUACACAUAUCUGUUUCGCCAGGUGUGAUCGAAAUAUUGAAUAAGGUUGUUCACACUGUAACAAAGAAGGAGGAGGAGAACAAGGAAGUCAUUAAACCCGAGCCUAAUUAUGAAGGAUUGUGGAUCGUCACGCCUUUUGAGGAAAAUGAUUAUUGGUUUCUAAAGACAGAAGUUGCGAUGGAAGCGUUUGAAGAGUUCACAUAUCCAGAUGACGAGAUUGCGACUGUUUAUAAAUCCGAAUUAGCAAUCAUUUCGGCUCCGACAAUCUUGUUUACUCUGGAGGCGGGUGUCGGCAACAAAACUCUGCCUAUGUUGCUGCUUCACGUAGGUUUUCAAAGCAACGUUAACGAUUGGAGCACGAAAAUGAUGGGCAUUGAUUGUACGAUGUCUGUAAUCAUGGCAUAUUAUAACAGUCGCCUAGCAUUGUGGGAACCAUUAAUUGAGCCGAUAGAAGGCUUUAAUAAUGGUAAACGCAUCUCCACACCAUGGGAGCUAAAGACGAAGAUUCAAUUUAACGAUAUUUUGCUGGACUCGAGAGGUGCCAGCGCGGUUAGUCCCACUUCGGACAGCGAGCUCGACGAACUGCCAUAUCAGUCCACCAAGAUGUCCAUUGAUGUUACAUCUGCUGAUAAUCUGGAGAUAACUGUGACGAAGACGUGUCUGGAUGUACUGAAGCAACUUGGUCAAUCGUUUUCCUCGGCUAUGGAGGCCAGUGGAAAAGGACCUACCAGGAAAAUAGCGCCAUACGUGCUGAAGAACGAAACCGGUCUGGCAAUGAUACUUGAUUUGGAGCAUAGUCUUUUUAAGAUAUUCGACGAUGGAUCGAGAAUACGGAAUGAUAGUGAUUCGUAUAUGGAGGUGAUCCUUGAGACUGGCGCAUCAAUUGAAUUAGCGCCGAAGACAUCUAAGUUGGACGCGCAUCUUCUCGAGCAUUUGAAAGCGGAAACCGUGAAGGAUACGGAUGACAGUAAAUUUGCCGUUUCUUUUAAAGAUAUCCAAGGUAAAUUGGCGAUACCUAUUCUGAAAGCGGACAAGAGAUUCUUUUCAUUGAAAUAUCGCAAGGAGGGCUCUGAGGAAUGGGGCAUCGUGUCGGACGUCGUUGUGGAAGAAGGUAGCACAAUCGUCACUCUUAGAAGCAUACUUCAGGUCCACAAUCACUUCGCACAGCCGAUUGCAGUUUAUUAUAUGACGAAGCGCGGAAACGAGGUCGAAUGUGUGGGUACGGUGGCACCGGAUGAAAAGCUCAACUUACCUCUCGAUACCGUGUACACCCCGACUAACAUCUAUUGGCUCUUUUUCAGUGUUGAAGGAUAUAUGGUGUCGGUUGAGCCAUUCAUUUGGAAGGACCUGCAGAAAACGAUUUCCAUGACGAAACUAUUGAAAUGCGAACCUCGAUCUAAGCAGGAUGUUACAGAACCAUUUUAUAUUCAGGCUAUGGGAGAGAUCGAGCAGAUAUAUUUCGAGAAUACUACUCGUCACACUAUGGCAAGUACCAUCUACAACAUACAUCUAUAUCCAUCUGUAUAUCUGAAGAACUUUCUGCCGAUCGACAUCAUCAUCUCCUUGCCAGGCACUGCUCAGGAAAGUUUACUCGAGGCCAGCGCUUCCUUGCAGCUGCCCACAAUCGAUCCAGUCAAAUCGAGUAUAAUUAUCAAGCUACCGAAUUACCUGGAAAAAGAUUGGUCAUGCAGAGGCGAAAUCGUGGCGAAUCCACCUGAGUUCGCGGUCUGGUCGUUUGAGUCUUUCGACAGCGCGCAGAAAGUGAUACUGGAUCUUGGAAUGCACACAUCCUACAAACACAGCUCGAUCGUCAUGGCACUAUACUGUCCCUUUUGGAUGCUGAACAAGACCGGCCUGAUGUUAUCUUACAGAAAGUCGAGUAAGGGAGGCAAAGAGCAUUCGAGUCCGAUCAAGAAAUUCGUUUCCACUAUGAAACCUCAUCGUGGAUACAGGAAGAAGAAAACGCGCGCGACAACAGACGAUUACUUGAAUGUCUUAUACCAUCCGGAGCACUUUAAGGGGCCCAUUCUAUUCUCGUUUCGUUCCAAGGCUUUCUUUGGUAAAAAGAAGGCUAUGAUUAGAGUGGAAGAUGGAGAAUGGUCUGAUAAAUUCUCGAUUGACGUCGCGGGCAGCGAGGGUGUGGUGGCGUGCAAGUACAACGGAAUGACAUAUCAGAUCGGGGUGCACAAUCAGCUGACAUACAACUCAUUGACUAAGCAAAUCACAUUCACACCCUAUUAUAUACUCAUCAACAAUGCGGAUUUUCUCAUAGAAUGCCAAGAGGGCGAUCGUCCGGCGGAUCCUAUGAUCAAGGUGUCUGCCGGCGAAUGCGCAGCUUUGUGGCCUCGAGUCGAACAUGAGAACAAAACUCUGAGGGCCAAAGUAGCCGGUCAACCCGAGAAAACCGCAGCGUUUAUUUAUACUGACAGUCAUACAACUCUAUUGAAAUUGGAUAAUAAGUACGGAGGAAUCAAUGUGGAUGUACAAAUCAGCGAAGGCGGCGUCUACAUCUCCUUGUCGGCAUAUAGUUCAGGCAAUGCACCGGCUUUGAUCAUCAAUCAUUCCCCGCAUACCAUCAAUUUCUGGGAGAAGGGUUCGAUCAAUGUUAGGUCCGUGCAGUCGUACAACAGGAUGUUUUACACCUGGGAAAAUCCGGCAGGUCCGCGAAAAAUUGUUUGGGAAGAUAACAACGACAAAGAAAUUGAAAACAAUCUUCGUAAGGAUAAUCUCGGUGCCUUCCAAUUGCCGGAUGUGGACGAGGAAGUGUUCUACGUAUCGUUUCUAGACGGCAUUCAGCGAGUCCUUUUAUUUACUACAAAUUUAAAGAUUGCCGAAGAUUGUCAGCUGGCUGGUGAUCUCGAAGUAAUUGAUCAGGAAAUUACGUUGAACAUUCACGGCAUUGGGUUUUCUCUUGUGAACAAUAUCACCAAAUCCGAGUUAUUGUAUAUGUGCAUCGCUAGUUCUGGAAUUAUAUGGGAGACUCGCAAAUCCCUCGGCGGCCGAUGGCGAGCGUUAAAUGCCAAGGAAGUCAAUGCCAUCGAAGAGGGAUAUCAGCGAUACAUUAAGGAAUUACAGAUUGGCAAGGACGCAAACUAUCGGUUGAUGCUGGAGCCGAAACUAAUGGUGGAUUAUCUGAACAUGGAGAUGCUGAAGCCACAUCGUAGAUACAUGCGACGUUCAUUUCAGACUGGACUUUGGCUACAGUAUCGUACCUCGGCGCAUCAGGUACAGUUGCACGCAAAAAUCAACAGGCUGCAGAUCGACAAUCAAUUGUCGGAAUGCGUUUUUCCAGUUAUAUUGGCUCCGGUUCCACCGCCAAAGAGUGUAACACAAAGCACAGUGGUGAAACCUUUUGCGGAGCUCAGUAUGGUCAAACGCUUGCUGGAGCACAGUACUGUACAACAGUUCCGAUACUUUAAAGUUCUCAUACAAGAGUUUCACAUCAAGGUGGACAUUGUCUUUCUGAAUGCGAUAAUAGGUCUCUUUGAGGCAGAUGAAGUCAACGAUGCGGAAGAGAGUGCACUAUUUCGUACCGACAUGAAACUGGUCAAUGAACCACUCAUGUAUCACGUCAAGUUGAUUACCACGGCCGAGCAAAAGAACUUUUUCGAUUUAUUGCACUUCUCACCGCUUAAGAUACACAUCAGUUUUUCGAUGACUGGCAGUGGAGGUGGACCCUCUGCAAUGCCACAAGUACUCAACGUACUGUUGCAAGGAAUCGGCGUGACACUGACGGAUAUUAAUGACAUCGUAUUCAAAUUGGCAUAUUUCGAGAGAAACUAUGUAUUCAUGACAAACAAGCAGCUCAUCUCCGAGGCGACCACUCAUUACGCAGGCCAGGCGAUUAAACAGGCCUAUGUGCUCGUGCUAGGACUUGAUGUUAUCGGUAAUCCUUACGGGCUUGUGGUCGGAACUAUGAAGGGCAUCGAGGAUUUGUUCUACGAACCCUUCCAAGGGGCCAUACAAGGCCCAGGGGAGUUCGCGGAGGGCCUGUUUCUCGGAGUGCGUAGCAUGUUGGGCCACACCGUCGGCGGAAUGGCGGGCGCCGUAUCGAAGAUCACGGGAGCAAUGGGCAAAGGUAUAGCUGCUCUGACUUUCGAUAAGGAUUACCAGCGAAAGAGACAAGAACAACUCAACAAACAACCCGCCAACUUACAAGAAGGGCUCGCUCGAAGCGGAAAGGGCUUAGUAAUGGGCGUAGUCGACGGUGUAACGGGUGUAGUAAUGAAGCCUAUAUCAGGAGCGAAAGAGGAAGGAGUGGAAGGAUUCUUUAAAGGAUUCGGAAAGGGUGUCGUUGGACUCGUUACUAGGCCUACUGCUGGUGUUAUUGAUUUUGCGAGUGGUUCCUUUGGAGCUGUCAGACGAGCUACCGAAUUGAAUGAGGAGGCAAGGAGAGUACGAUCGCCUAGAUUUCUGCAGCCAGAUAGUCUGGUUAGACCUUACAUAAAGGAUGAAGCUGAAGGCAACAAGAUAUUGAUGGAUCUGGAGAAAGGAAAAUACGCACAUACAGAUGUUUAUGUCUAUCACAUAUUUAUUAACAAAGAUGUGUUGUUGCUCACUGACAAAAGAUUAUCAUACCUCGAACAUAGUGAUCUGUUUGGUGGUUGGCGGGUUGACUGGACUCAUACUUGGAACGAGUUUGGCGAAUCGCCAAAGAUCGUGGAAGGUGUGCAGAUCUUUCUUAAAGAUGCCAGCAAGAAGAAGAAACUUGGUGGUCUUUUUGGCAGUGCCGAUCAGUCAAAGAUACUUUUAAUAACGGAUCAUAAUAUUAAACAGUUGUUGUGCAGCAAAAUACAAGAGCAGAUCAACCAAUAUAGAGUAUAAUAGCCAAGGUUUGAACAAUUUCGAAUUAUAAAAGAAAAAAAAGAAGCUUUUUACUUCCAGAACGCUUUGCGAGCGAGUUUACACAAUUUCUAUGCACAAUUUUCUAUUAUUUAUAAGACUAAUACUGUGUGCGCGAUAAUCGUGAUAGUCUAAAGUCUAAAGAAAGGACCUCAAUAAGUGUAUCAAGAAAUCAAUCAUGAAAGAACUUAAUAACUUUUUCACUACACAGUUGUUCAGAAUUUUUUUGUUGUCGGUAUUAUGAUACCGAAGAAAAAAAUAUUAGAUUAUUGCAAAAGAUUCAUCGAAUAAGAUUGAAAAAAAGGAUGUACAUAUAUCGUUUUGAAAUAAUCUUCAUUUUAAUCUAGAUAAUUUUUUUUUGGAAAGAAAUUUUUUUAAGAGAGUUAAAUUGAUAAAAUUUUAUUUAUAUAAAACAACACUAUACAGAAAAAGAAUCUUGUAUCAAGCUAUGUACACAUUUUGCAAAGGAGAGAUUAAUCUUUUUCAAAUUUAUAUUUAUAAGCUUCUCUCCACACGCACAAGCUUCGUUUGAGCGAGUCAAUUGUUUAGUCGCAAGAAAGUUACCAUUUUAUUGUUAAGAGCUAGAUUUACGACGUGAUGUUAUAAAGUAGGAUUAAUUGAUUAAACGGCAGUUCUAGAAAUCUUAAACCAGAACGAUUAAGCUGUUAAAUUAAGUGGAAGUGAAAGUAAACAAAUAUCAAAGUAGAUAUUUUGAUAUUUUUUUACACAUGUUUAAUUAAAAAGUAAAGAAGAGAUUAUCGUACAUUUGUUGAAGUAUUAAGCAGAUUUUUUAUUGAAUAACUUCGGAAUUAUAUUUAUAUUUACAGAGGAAAUAUGAGCAUUAUAUAUCGCUAAUUGCAUUGUUAAUCAUAAUCCAACAGGUUUAAAUCAUCACUCGAAUGAUAUAACUAAUUAAUAUUCAAAAGUAAUUGUAUGCUUAAUUAUUUUUCGCCUGACAUUUGUGGAUAAAUAAUUUACUGCAAAUGCUACACAUCGAGUAGACACAUUGUUAAGACGUAAUAAAUUUUAUCAUCUAGCUUUAAUGUCUAAUCAGUAUGCACUAGUAUAACACUUCUACCUCGUUUUUAUUAAUGCUACUUAGUACAAUAAAUAAAUCAAGAAAUAUACACAUACAACAAAUGAAAUUACUUAAAUUGUAUAUAAUAAUUGACUUGAUUAAUAUUUUCAGAACUAUUUUUUUUUUUAUCGAGUUGCUAUCUUUCAUGGAAAGUUUUAAUUAAAGCGACAGUAGAGGCACUUCAGAAUUAAUUUCAGACAUAUGACAUAUUUAUUAAUUAUAUAUAUAGUAUAUAUUGCGCUUAUCAUAUUUAAUUAAUUAAUUAUCUUUGUUAUUCUCUGCUGCAACAUGUAAUAAAAUUGUAAAAUUAA